AUGAACAAGGUCGUUGAAGGGGAUCAAUUCUUCCAACAACGUCGGAAUGCAGCUGGAAAGCUUGGUUUAUCACCGUUGCAGAAAUGCACCGCUGCAAUAAGAAUGUUAGCCUAUGGCGUAGCCCCAGAUGUCGUGGAUGAAUAUCUACGUAUAGGCCAAACAACCUCAAGGAAUGCAUUGCAACAUUUUUGUCAAGGGGUUAUUUUACAAUUUGAAAAUGAAUAUCUACGUAACCCUACAGAUGAAGAUUUAAGGAGAAUCCUUCAUCAAAAUGAAUUGCGUGGGUUUCCACGCAUGAUUGGUAGUAUAGUCUGCAUGCAUUGGGAGUGGAAGAAUUGUCCUACGGCUUGGAAAGCACAAUAUGCUGGUCGUAGCAAGACUGUUACCCUCAUUCUUGAAGCCGUUGCUGAUCAGGAUUUAUGGAUUUGGCAUGCGUUCUUUGGAAUGCCUGGCUCAUGUAAUGAUCUUAAUGUCCUUUACCGUUCACUGGUGUUUGAUGAUGUUUUACAAGGUCGUGCACCACCAAUACAUUUUCGGGUAAACGGACAUCAAUAUGAGUUGGCCUACUACUUGGCAGAUGGGAUUUACUCGAAAUGGCCAACUUUUAUACAAGGUAUUACACAUCCUCAAGUUCAAAAAGACAAGCUGUUUGCUGAUCAACAAGCAGCAGUUCGGAAAGACGUUGAACGGGCUUUCGGAGUUUUACAAGCUAGGUUUGCUAUACUACGACAACCAGCAGUGGCCUUCGACGAAGAUAUUCUUUGUGACAUUAUGAAAGCCUGUAUAAUAAUGCACAACAUGAUCGUCGAGGAUGAACGACACAACUGCACACGUGCAGUUGUUUUGAGACGAUACUACGAAGAAGAUCGACCACAACGUACAGCAGCGAGGGCGGGACCGAGCACAAGUGCCACGGUGAAUAACAACGAGCCAUUUGAAUUCAACGUAGGGCAGCCACCCAACAUUGAUUUCAACGCUUAUUUUCAGAGGAGGAUUGCCCUUCGUGAUAGAGAAAUUCAUUCGUCUCUCAAACAAGAUUUAGUAGAGCACAUAUGGUAG